AGUUCUUGCUUGUGCAUGCAUACAUCUGUGGAUGGAUAUACUGAACCGCACAUCCAGCCUACCAAAUCGAGUAGCAGACAGAACAUCCCUCGGUGUAGAAACUCCAUUACGUCCGCAGCAGACGAACAGCCUCACAUUGGGAAUUACCGUUUACAAAAAACAAUAGGGAAGGGGAACUUUGCCAAAGUGAAAUUGGCAAGGCAUGUUCUAACUGGGAGAGAGGUUGCUGUGAAAAUAAUAGAUAAAACUCAGCUAAAUCCUACCAGUCUACAAAAGUUGUUUCGAGAAGUACGAAUAAUGAAGAUAUUGAAUCACCCUAACAUAGUAAAAUUGUUUGAAGUUAUUGAAACAGAGAAGACCCUCUAUCUAGUCAUGGAAUACGCAAGUGGGGGUGAAGUAUUUGAUUACUUAGUUGCCCAUGGAAGAAUGAAAGAAAAAGAGGCCCGUGCAAAAUUUAGGCAGAUUGUAUCCGCUGUACAGUAUUGUCAUCAAAAGUGCAUUGUUCACCGUGAUCUUAAGGCUGAAAACCUUCUCCUUGAUGCUGACAUGAAUAUUAAAAUUGCUGACUUUGGUUUUAGUAACGAGUUUACAGUCGGGAACAAAUUGGACACAUUUUGCGGAAGCCCCCCCUACGCCGCUCCCGAGCUCUUCCAGGGGAAGAAGUACGACGGGCCCGAGGUGGACGUGUGGAGCCUGGGCGUCAUUCUCUACACGCUGGUCAGCGGCUCCCUGCCGUUUGACGGCCAGAAUCUGAAGGAACUCCGGGAGCGAGUAUUACGCGGGAAAUACCGCAUCCCCUUCUAUAUGUCCACCGACUGUGAAAACCUUCUGAAGAAAUUAUUAGUGCUGAAUCCCAUUAAAAGAGGCAGCUUGGAACAAAUAAUGAAAGAUCGGUGGAUGAAUGUUGGUCACGAAGAAGAAGAACUAAAGCCGUAUACUGAGCCUGAACCAGAUUUCAAUGACACAAAAAGGAUAGAUGUCAUGGUCACCAUGGGUUUCGCACGAGAUGAGAUAAAUGACGCCUUAAUAAAUCAGAAAUAUGAUGAAGUCAUGGCUACUUACAUUCUUCUAGGUAGAAAACCACCUGAAUUUGAAGGCGGUGAGUCAUUAUCCAGUGGAAACUUGAGUCAGAGGUCGCGGCCCAGUAGUGACCUAAACAACAGCACCCUCCAGUCCCCCGCUCACCUGAAGGUCCAGAGGAGCAUCUCGGCCAAUCAGAAGCAGCGGCGCUUUAGCGAUCAUGCUGGCCCAUCCAUCUCCGCGGCCGUAUCGUACACAAAGAGGCCUCAGGCCAACAGCGUGGAGAGUGAGCAGAAAGACGAGUGGGACAAGGACGGGGCAGCGCGCAAACUCGGCAGCACGACCGUGGGAUCGAAGAGCGAGGUGACCACCAGCCCGCUCGUGGGGCCGGAGAGGAAAAAGGCGUCCACUAUCCCGAGCAACAACGUAUACGCUGGAGGAAGCAUGGCAAGAAGGAACACGUAUGUCUGUGAAAGGACCACAGACCGCUACAUGGCCCUGCAAAAUGGAAAAGACAGCAGCCUCACGGAGAUGUCAGCCAGCAGCUUGUCUUCUGCCGGCUCCGCCGUGGCCCCUGCUGUCCCCUCGGCACGGCCCCGCCACCAGAAGUCCAUGUCCGCCUCCGGUCACCCGAUCAAAGUCACACUGCCAACCAUUAAAGAUGGCUCCGAAGCUUACCGACCCGGGACCACCCAGAGAGUGCCUGCCGCGUCCCCGUCUGCCCACAGUAUUAGUGCCAGCACCCCAGACCGAACCCGCUUUCCCCGCGGCGGGGCCUUUGCCCACGCCCGGCGGGGCACGUCCACCGGCCUCAUCAGCAAGAUCACCUCCAGAUUCGCUCGCAGGGAUCCAAGUGAAGGCGAAGCCAGUGGCAGAACAGACACCUCAAGAAGUACAUCCGGGGACCCGAAAGAAAGAGACAAGGAAGAGGGGAAGGACCCCAAGCCACGCUCUCUGCGCUUCACCUGGAGCAUGAAGACCACCAGUUCCAUGGACCCCAAUGACAUGAUGCGAGAGAUCCGGAAAGUGUUAGAUGCAAACAACUGCGAUUACGAACAGAAGGAGAGGUUUUUGCUCUUCUGCGUCCACGGAGAUGCCCGGCAGGACAGCCUCGUGCAGUGGGAGAUGGAAGUGUGCAAACUGCCACGGCUGUCGCUGAACGGGGUCCGCUUCAAGCGAAUCUCUGGGACGUCGAUUGCCUUUAAGAACAUCGCAUCUAAAAUAGCCAAUGAGCUCAAACUGUAAAGGAACUCCACGUGGCAGGAUCAGGGAAGACACAUCCGAAUGAGGUACAGUUCUUGAAUGUACUGGGUAAUAUGCCUAAUGCGAUUGGCCUGUGAAUCACCCAUGUAGAAUUUGCCCUUAACACGAUAAGGUUAUACAUAGUUAUGAACUGUAAAAUUAAAGUCAGUAUGAACUAUAAUAAAUAUCUGUAGCUAAAAAAAAGUAGGUUCACAUGUACAGGUAAGUAUAUUGUGUAUUUCUGUUCAUUUUCUGUUCAUAGAGUUGUAUAAUAAAACAGAUGAUUGCUUCAAAACUUGUAUAGUUGUCUAGAUUUCUGCACAUAAAUGUACGUUUGAUGCUCUGAGUUGAAAAUAUUCUUCCCUGUUAUUUACAUUCUGGUGGGUUUUUAAAAUUCUUACCUCCAUCAUGUAAUUUUGAAGGUAAUUGUGUCCAGAAUUGAAAGUGCACAGAAGUAAUCUUUACGAUUGUAGCAUGGACUUUUAAAAAAUUAUUUUCAAGUCGUAUUGAAAUUGAAACCAGAAGCUGAUCCCUAGAUCAGCUUUAUUCCACACAGAACUAUUCCUGCUUAUCUUUGCUCUUAUUCUUGUUACCAGACAAGGUUUAGUUGAGAAGUUACGACAUGUUUACAGUGUUGGCACUUAGAGUUUUUAAAAUAGAGUCCAUGAACAUAAGUUAUAGCUUUGCCUUGAGCUAACUAAGAAGUACUGAGGGGAAGUGAAAACCUACAUCCAAUGUCUUUUGAACUUGAAAGUGUUUUCUGACCCUCUGCUAAUCGUAGCAGCAAAAUGAAAAAGAAUCAAUACCUUAUCUGGCUAGUAUAGCGCAAUAGGUUUGCUGCCUUCCCAAUAUCGCAGUGUCCUUGUGGGAAUAUAAUAAUAGCGGACAGUUUCAUAGCACAACUCAUCUUCCCAGUGUUGGUCAGUGCGUCAGUUAGGAAAUAAUGCCACCUCAGGAAUUCACUGGCAUUGGGGACGCUUGCCUCCUUCGCCCCUCACCCUCUCCAUCCACCCCCGACACAGUGGUAUCUGUGAGUCCUUAGGAGACUGUGGAGCAAAAUAUACUAUUUAUAACAGCAUAUCUUUGAUUUACGCUCAUGUGGUCGUUCAUUUGGUUCCCACGUAACUUCUCUGUUUUUACGAUUUUGCCAGAUUUCUUGUAUUUAUUCCACAUCGUUAGGCCUAUAACUCGCGGCUUUGUAAUCAGGCGUUUGCCUAGUUUCCUUUCAUAAUGAAUGAUCCCUGCGAUGUAAAACCACUAGUAAAGGUACAUUUUAAUACUCGUUACUUGAUACGGAAUUAGCCUUGGAGGUUGACUGUGCAAUGUUACUGAAUGUUGUAAUGACUGUACUAUCUUCCAAUGGGCCCCCUCCGCACACUCCGGAGGCAUAGAAAGUGUAUUCAAAUCUUAUGAGUCUGCAGAACACGACAGCUGUGAUAAAUACUGUAAUUCCAACCUACACGAGACGGCUCUCGGUAGGGGACGUGCCAUUCAUUCCCGUGGCUUCCAGACUAGGGUGGAUUUUACCUUCUGUACUGGACUGUGAUGUAGCUCUCUUCUGUACGGUUCUGUUCGAACACCAAGUGUAUUUUUUUUUUUUUGCCUUAGCCAAGGGUGGUGUUUGGCAAACAACUGUGUAGCCCCUUUUUAACCUCGUGUUCAUUCCAGACAAUUGAUGCAAAUUCCUCUCACUUCCACUGGUGCACACUGAAAUUUUACUUGAACAGUUCUCAUAAUAAAGCACUCGUCUUUUGCUCUU